AUGUUUAUGGUUCGCGUUAAUGCUCAUUUUAUGUUUGAAUCGUUUUAUUACUUGAUUGAUACUUGUUUGGGUUUGUUUACAAUUUAUAUGAAAAAAGUGGACCAAUCGGGAUUCGAACCCGAGACCUUUUGCGUGCAAAGCAAACGUGAUACCCCUACACCAUCGGCCCUUGAAGCUCUUCUCUAA